AUGAUGGGGACCAGCAGCCAGAGCACAUCUGCCAUUGACACGGGGGAUGUCCACACGCCUGCCCAGUGUGACCAUGACACCGCAGUGUGUAUUGUCUCUGUGAAAGGCCUGAAAGAGAACUGGCAGAAGUGGUCCAGUGAGCAGCAGCAGUACCAGAAGCACAACCCCUUCAGUAACGACACCAGGCCGACUGCAGCGAUCCCUCAGCGGGGGCAGGAGGAUUAUGGAAGACCCCCGCUGGGGUCCAUGACAGAGCAACGUGGGAAGGAUGCUCACUCACACAUCAGUAGAGAAGUCCAGGAGCUGUGUGAGGUGAUCAGGAACAUCGGAGCGCUGCGGCGGAGGGACGAUGAUGAUGGGGACGGCAGCGACGGGAAAGUGAUCUCUGUCGAAUUUGGGAAGCUCUUUGAACACUAUGUGACGAUCUCUAAUAAACUGGUGGGAAUUCUUCUACGGGCAAGGAAACAGAGGCUGGUUGACUUUGAGGGAGAGAUGCUGUGGCAGGGGAGGGAUGAUCAAGUAGUUAUCACCCUGCUGCAGUGA